UCGCCUUUAUUUCUGGGUCCUUCGGUUUCCCUUCUUCUAUAUCUCCGUUAUCUCCUUGUCCACAACUCCUCUUUCGCCAUCUUUCGAUUCACGCAGAUCUCAGAUUGCUUCAUCUUUGUCUCUUCGAGAUUCGCUUCGUCUCUCCACGAUCGUCCUCUGAAUUCGCUCUCUUCUGUAUGAGCAAAAGCAAGUGUUGAUUGGAAAAGCAAUGCGGGGAUACGAGGAAGAUGAACUGCAUCCAGCAAUGGAAGAUGAGUACGCUGAUUAUGAGGAUGACGGGUAUGGACAAGAGGAAGAAGAAGAAGAAGAAGAAGAAGAAGCUCCACAACCCACCAAGGAAGAGUUGGAGUACCUUGAGCUGAGGCAACGUUUGAAAGAACGAUUCAGAAAGAAGCUUAAGAAUGAUGGCGGUUCUACUCCCAACAAUUCUAGUGAUAGAAAAAGAAAACUUCCAAAUGAUAAUUUUGGAUCAUUUUUUGGCCCAUCUCAACCAAUUAUCUCUCAAAGAGUAAUUCAAGAAACGAAGUCUUUGUUAGAGACCCAACAUCUGACAUCCAAAGUUUCGAAUUCUGCCCAUCCAAAAAAAAGGAGCUCUAGUUCAUCCACUGCAGGAUCAAAACCUGGAGUACAUGACAAAAAAGCCAGAGUCUUGAAUGAGGUUAAAUCUAAAGUCCAAAAACUUAAGGAUACGAGAGAUUACUCCUUUUUGUUGUCCGAAGAUGCACAGCUUCCUGCUCCAGCGAAAGAACCCCCACAGCGCAAUGUCCCUCUUCAAAGUGCUGAUACGAGACUUGCUCAAGUACCGGUUAAAAGCAAACAAGCAUUGGGAAAUAAUGGUAGACAAGUUCAUGGAAAUCAUGGAGAAAGGAAAUCUGUUCCCAUGAAUGGACACCCAUCUUCUAAAGUAGGCUCUAAUAAAUUACCUUCAGCAAGUAGGCCCAAUUCGUCACAAACGGAUUCUAGAAAACAGCAUAGUAGCAACAAUGGAACUGGGCCUGGUCGGCCUUUGGCACCAAAAGGCAUGCCUUCAAAGACUCCUACUUCUAUGGAGAAGAAGGUUGCCACACCUGCUGCAAAGAGUUCUGCCCCCAGUAUGCCGAGACCCAGUAUGCAGAAGCCGCCUUCUUCAAAGCAGCAGCCCUCUAUAUCAAAGCAGCAGCCCUCAAUAUCAAAGCAGCAGCUAGAACAGAGAAGGGAACUACAAGGGUCUACUAAGGCUAAAGUGUUGCCUAAACAGCCAGCAGGAUUGUCAAGACCUCAGCAGAUAAACAAGCCUCAAAGACCAAUUUCAUCACACCCUACAUCUCACGACAACCGCCCCAAGAAAAAGCCAGUGAGGCGUUACUCUGAUGACGAAGAUGAUGACGAAGGUCAACAAGCCAUUAGUAUGAUCAGACAAAUGUUCAGGUAUAAUCCCAAUAAAUUCGUUGACCGCGAUGACGAUCUUGAUAGCAUGGAGGCUAACUUCGAUGAUAUUAUGAGAGAGGAGCAAAGAAGUGCGAAAAUCGCGAAAAAGGAGGAUGAGGAACAACUUCGGUUGAUAGAAAAAGAAGAAAGAUUGGAAAGGUUGGCCAAGUCGAAAAAGCUAAAGCGUAAGCUUGGGCAGUAGUAGUCGCAACGACUGACGGUCUUUUAGGAAAAUGUCUAAGAUUUUUUUUGGGCAUCAUCCAUUUGUUUUCCCUUGUUAUUUUAAAUGGCCCCCUUAGUGUUUCUACUUUUACAUUGUUCACCACUUGAUUUGUUGUAGUUGGAAAUUUUUUUUAUCCCUCUUGCCAAAAUGCAGGUGAAUUGUUGAUGUUAGUUAUCUCUUAGUUUUAGUCAAUGGUAUAAAAAUAACAUAAGUGAAUGAGGGAAAAAAAAAGAUGAUUCCUGUUCUUGA